CAACUGUGAGAGAGAGCAAACAAGACUGACUUCCCCCCCGACUCUCUCUCUCUCGCUUCUUCUUUUCUGCCCCUUGUUUUCUGCCCCUUAAUCAACUGUAUGUCAGGUCAACCCAGUCAGUUAAGUUUUCACUUGUGUUGUAGCUGUUUGUGAGAAAUCAAUCUAGACAAAAUACCAAUAUAUAUUUUGAAUAAAGUUUAGUGCAGUAAAAUGCCAGGGAAGUGCUCUUUGGGGCAGGGUGGUAGAACCGGGACUCAGGUGAUUACAGUCCUAUGCUGCACUGGUGCUCACUGUGACUGUCUUCCUCUGACAAUUAACUGAAGAAGACGGCAAGCCAUUGGGCACAGACGUCAAUUCAAAGUCUAUUCCACGUGAGUUCAACAUCAUUAAAUUGAGAUAACGUUGAUUCAACCAGUGUUGGCUCAGUGGGAAGCCUCUAACACAAUGACACUCAAGGUAACCAUGCCUGGAAAACGAAGUGGGCUUACAUUCUCUCAGCUGAGACUCUUUCUUUGUUUCCUGAUGUAUUGCUGGAGUCUAGCUGAUCCAGUAUGUGGGUACUUCCUGAAAAACUGCACAAUCCGGGGUAAUCUCAGUGACCCCUCUAACAUGAAAGUACUCUGUUAUAACAGGAAUCUUGAAGUCAUACCUUUAGAUAUUCCGCUGAAAGUAAGCAAUUUAGACUUGGCCAUGAAUAAGAUUUCCAAGAUCGAAAAGUUGGAUUUUACAGACCUAUCAAACCUCAAAAUUCUAAACAUGUCCAUAAACCAGAUCUCUCAAGUGGAUGAUGGGGCUCUUGGACACCUAGAUGCUCUUCAGGAGCUGGGUCUGGCUCAUAACAGACUCACAACCCUGUCAGACCAUUUGUUUCAGGGCCUGGCCAACCUCUCCCUGCUACAUCUGGACAACAACCUCAUUGCAACCAUCAGCUCCUCAUCAUUUCAGCCUCUCUCCAGUUUGAAGACAGUGAAUUUAACCAAGAACAACCUUUAUAAUAUGAAGGAAGUUCAGGCCAUUGUACAAUUACCACACUUACAGGAGUUGUACAUUGGGAGCAACAGAUUCACAUCUUUCCAGUCACAGGAAAUAUCAAACACUUCUUUAAAGCUGAGAGUGUUGGAUUUAUCCCGGAAUCCAUUGGAAAUCUUCAGAGUCACGGGAGAUGUUUUUCCUUACCUUGAGGUGUUAGACAUCGCCUACUGUGGCCAACUUGGACGCAUGGAAUGGGAUGUGCUGAACAGGUCUUUUCUGAGCAACGUCGAUCGUCUCAACUUGAGCGGCAUUGAGAUGUCUUUCGAGAGGAGUAUGGUACUGCAGACUGUCAACUCCUCAUUAGUCCAUCUGAGAUUGCAAGACCUUGUAAACGGCUCAAGGCUAAAGGUCAAGGCUCUCACUGAUAUUGCCUGCCAUAUACCUAAACUCAGCGUGCUCCGACUGGAAUAUAACAACAUAGGUAAUCUCUCUGAGGAAUUUCUCCAGUCAUGUAAACACAUGACAGAAGUGGACAUAUCAAAUACUGGUCUUACUCAGCUGUCUGAAUUUUCAUUCAGAUCAAUCGAGCAAAUAAGUGCUUUGAAACUGGGCCACAACAGGCUUUCUUCCGUACCAAAGGCCACAAGAAAUCUACCUACACUGAAGAUCCUGGAUCUCAGCUUCAAUAUCAUCAAUAAACUAGGCUGCUCAGAUUUCUCCAAUCUUACAGGACUCACACAACUCUUUCUUUUCCAUAAUCAAAUCCCCAACCUUCCAGGAUGUGUAUUCCAGGAUUUGAAAGACUUAAGGAUCCUUAAACUGGGAUCAAACAAAAUCCUGACCUUGAAUGAUGCAUUCAUGAAUGGGUUGCACAAACUUGAGACUUUGUUGAUGGCAGGCAAUAAACUGAGCUCUAUCAGAAAAGGUGAGUUUAAAAGCUUAGUAUCACUCAAGAAUUUGUUUUUAUUUGACAAUCAGAUUGCCAGUAUGGAAGAUGGAGCCUUUGAGGGAUUGGUCAACCUUACAGAACUUCAACUGGACUCAAAUAAGAUCACUCAAACAGACAUAAGAAAUACUGUGCUCACGGGACUUCCACACUUAAGAACUCUUGAUAUAUCCUGUAAUUACAUCACAUAUGUAAAUGAUGAUAAAUUAGACCCUCCACCCUUCUCUCAUCUGACAUCUCUGGAGAACCUCAGGAUAUUUAGUCAGCGUCACAAGGGACUGUCUCAUCUACCUAUCAACUUUCUUGAAGGACUGAAAUCUUUAUUGUCAUUCCAGGCAGGGAGUCUCAAUAUUAAGGACCUGCACCCAGACACAUUCAUUCACACACCCCAGUUGUGGUUCCUUGAUGUCAGUAAGAAUGAGUUCACAGCCCUCACUCCAAAGCUGUUUCACCCAACCCCAAGGCUCAACAGCCUGUACCUGUCCAAAGCACGACUUCAGUCCUUAGAUUUCCUCAUAGGAGCAAAGCUCAGUAGAGUCACUUUGUUGCAGGUGAGCAAGAACGACAUAACAGUAGUCAAUGAGACAGUGUUGCAAUCUCUCCCUGCCUUGACAUACCUGGACAUGCAAGAUAAUCCUUUCACCUGUGGCUGCAGCGAUGCUUGGUUUGUCCAGUGGAUGGAGAGCGACAACCAAACACAAGUUGUUGGUGCAGGAGAAUUUACCUGCAACUAUCCUGCCGAUCUAAAGGACACCAAGCUGUUGGAUGUUGAGCUUCAGUUCUGUACAGUGGACUUAGGACUUUACUGCUACAUCUCUACCACUUGUCUGGUCCUCCUCACCCUGGUAGCAUCCUUUGCCUACCACUUCCUGAAAUGGCAGGUAAUUUACGGCUAUUACCUCUUCCUGGCUUUCCUCUAUGACACCAAGCAAAGGAAUAAGCUCACGCCUCAUGGCUGUCAGUACGAUGCCUUCAUCUCCUACAACGCCCACGAUGAGCCCUGGGUCCUGAGGGAGCUUCUGCCAGAGCUGGAGGGAGAGCAGGGCUGGAAGCUGUGUCUCCACCACCGGGACUUCCAGCCAGGCAAACCCAUCAUAGACAACAUUAUGGACGGCAUCUACGGAAGCCGCAAGACCAUCUGUGUCAUCAGCCACCGCUACCUAGAGAGUGAGUGGUGCUCCCGGGAGAUCCAGGUGGCCAGCUUCCGGCUCUUUGAUGAGCAGAAGGACGUCCUUAUUCUGGUGUUCCUGGAGGAGAUCCCUACCCACCAGCUGUCACCCUACCACCGGAUGAGGAAGCUAGUGAAGAAACGCACGUACUUGAGCUGGCCCAGGAAUGGGGAGCACAUUGUGCUCUUCUGGCAGCAACUACGGCUGGCUUUAGAGACCAAGGACGGCCCUGCUGAGGAAAAUCCCAUCCUCUCUGGUGUGCAGGCUCUGUGAUAGUGACACGUUGAUAGUGACACCUCACUCUGAACCUUUUCUGUAUAUUUACAUGAGAAUAUUGAAGAUGCACUCUCACACUUUUGUCUAAUUUCAGCCAGUUGUUUUGAAAGUGGUGCUCACGAGCCAGAAGUGGUCCCCGUUUCCUGUGUAUCACGUCAUCUAAAGUGUUUUUUUGCCUAUUAGUAUUAUAUGUUAUGAAUUAAUUUCAUACUAUACAGUAUGUUAUGAUUUUAUUGUGCUUAUCAUCCUGGAGUGCAUCUUUAAGACGUUCCUAAGAGUAUUGAUGUGCCCAUGGGUCAAUCUAAGUAGCAUAUGAAAAAAAUCCCCAUCAAAGUUAGUUUAAGCUAGAGAUAUCAGUUUCUUUGCAUGGGUCUCAGAGCAAUUGAUAUUAUUCUGUACAUUUAUCUUCAAGGCCAAAUGUAGUUUGAUAUGUUAUGUUUUUUAUGGUAUUUUUUUAUGGUAUUAAUACAAAACGUAGCUAAUAAGCUAAGUAGUUACAAAGUAGCAAAAAGUUAGUAAGUAGUUGAACAGUUCCUCACUAGCCAAAAUGCUAAAGUUGUCCGUGAUGAGAUUCGAUCUCGCAACCAUAUGCCCACCCAUCUGUCAUAUGCAACUAUGCCAAAACUAACAUACCAUACUAAAUGGAGUGUUUCGGAUUUUCAGUGCAUUUAGAAAGUAAUCAGACCCCUUGACUUUUCCCACAUUUCGUUACGUUACAGCCUUAUUCUAAAAUGUAUUAAAUUAAUAAAAAAUCAUCAUACAUCUACACACUAUACUCCAUGAUGACAAAGCAAAAUGUGUUUUUUUGACAUUGUAGCUAGUUUAAUAAAAUGUUUCAACAGAAAUACCUUUUACAUAAGUAUUCAGACCCUUUGCUAUGAGACUCGAAAUUGAGCUCAGGUGCAUCCUGUUUCAAUUGAUUCUUGAGAUGUUUCUACAACUUAACUGGAGUCUAUAUGUGAUAAACUGAAUUGAUUGGACAUGAUUAAAAAAGCACACACCUGUCUACAUAAGGUCCGACAGUUGACAGUGCAUGUCAGCGCAAAAACCAAGCCAUGAGGUCGAAGGAAUUGUCCCUAGAGUUCCAAGACAGGAUUGUUUUGAGGCACAGAUCUGGGGAAUGGUACCAAAACAUUUCUGCAGCAUUGAACGUCCCCAAGAACACAGUGUCCGCCGUCAUUCUUAAAUGGAAGAAGUUUGGAACCACCAAAACUACCUAGAGCUGGCCGCCCAGUCGAACUGAGCAAUCAGUGCAAAAGUGACUUUCUCAGGGAGGUGACGAAGAACCCGUUGGUCACUCUGACAGAGCUCUAGAAUUCCUGUGUGGAGAUGGGAGAACCUUCCAGAAGGACAACCAUCUCCUCAGCGGGCACAUAAAGAGAAACAAGAUGAUCUGGUCUGAUGAAACCAAGAUUGACUCUUUGGCCUGAAUGCCAAGCGUCACGUCUGGAGGAAAACUGGCACCAUCCCUACGGUGAAGCAUGGUGGUGGUAGCAUCAUGCUGUGGGGAUGUUUUUCAGAAGAAGGCACUGGGGCUAUUUAAUCCAUUUUAAAAUGAGGCUGUAACGUAACAAAACGUGGAAAAAGUCAAGGUGUCUGAAUUCCUUCCGAAUGCACUGUACGUACAGAAUAAUGCGAAAUGCUCUGAGACUAGGUUUGCAACCGUUUAUGUUGGCUUUCCGCAUCUGCAGUGGAAGGUGGCUGAGCUACAGCGAUGUUAGUCAGACCAUGAAACAGCCGAAACGGUUUGGCCUACAAACUAUUAUGACCCCUCUUUGGAAAGUCACAGGCCUGAUCUGAAGGUAAACCAGCACUGAUUCCACUCUAUGGAAAGGGGAGACUCUUACGAACAAGGUGAUAUUCUCCGUUUUGUCACAGGUCUCAGCUGAAGGUAACCCAUACAAACUAAUUGAAGUAUGAAGGUAGUUUUCUUCUAACAAAAAUAAGGGGUUACAUUUAAAAAAUAUAUAUUUUAAAAAGUCAGCUUUCUUGUAUCUCCUAGAUAUCGGAGAGACCAGUGAUUAAUUUGUAAAUCGGGAGGUGCCGGAACAAUAAAAAGUGAGCUCGAGAGUCAGGUGACCUGGGGAGUUCUAAGGUACCGGAAUGAAUUAAAAAAUUAAUUACCUUCAUAAUAAAUCUUUGCAUGCAUAUCAUCACAUUUGCGUAGUGGCAUAGAGCAGUAGAAUUAAGGCACUUAUAGAAGUUGCACACAUGGAGAACAUUUUUAGUAGCCUGGGGUCCGGGAAAAUGUUAGUCUUUUAUAAAUUAAUUUCAGCAAUUUUAUGUUAUUUUACCUGACUGGAGACUUUGCCAGAAUAUUUUUUAGUACCGCAAAAAUGAUCGAAAUGACAAGCUACUUUGACACUGACAAACUGAGAAAUCUGAGAUCAAUUAAAAACGACCUUGUCUUGAAUCCAUCAAUAGUCUAGGCCUAGUUGUGUGAAGACACAUAUUGUAGGCUACAAUAUGCGGGGCAAAUUAUAGUCCUAAAAAUGCUUCCAGUUUGACUGACUCACUCAGCUAACUCAAUCAGCCUCUCGCUCUCUCUUUUGUAAAAAUAAUACUUCGAAGUUGAUCAAAUAUUUUGGUAGCCUACAGCAGAGUCUUCUCUUUUCAGUAGGAGUCAUUUGCCUUACAACCUGUGUUUUCACUUGAAUGAACUUAAAAUACUCAAAUAUUGUGAAAGGCCUGUUUUUUCUGCAUGGUGUUUUUUCACUGACAGAUUUGCCACUCGUUCCCGGAUGUAGGCUAUUCCUUGUUUAUUAGGUUACAAUCCACAGCUACUGAUCCUCUGUCACUAAAUUAUAAAUUAUUGUUAUGGUGUAGUGGGCUAUUCGGAAUGAUUUAAUCAAUUUCUGAACAGACAGCAGUAAUAAUAUAACUUUGGCAAAUGUAUUUAAAUGUAUCAAGGGUGCUGCAGUUCAUUCAGAAUCCUUCGCAUGGCUAUGAUUCUAUGAGGAAAUAAAUGAGAGAUGUGAGUUGCAGGCUCAUGUCUAUCAGAGUAGAGAGAGGGAGAGAGGUCAUAGAAAGUGAAACUCAUUCUAGUUAUGUGAGACAUACUGGCCGCUUCUCACACAGCCAAGGCCACGCGUUGGUCUCAAACAUUGCUUACAAUGUUACACAAACCAAUAACCCGGGCCGAACCAACCAAAAUCAACUCUUAGAAUAUUAGUCCCACCUUAAAAAUGUACUUUUUCACAUUACUUUUCUUUCUGGGGGCCGGAGAAUGAACUAAAGGCUAAAUUAAGCACUGGGACAGACACAUCAAAAACCUUAUUCCGUAUGAUUUCUUUUUGGAAAGACUUUUUAUUUUAUUUUUUACAUUUAUGAGUAUGUUAUUCAAUGCGUUUCUAUGGGCUUUAGUAGUAAAGGGCAAUUUCAAUAUUUUAUCAAAUAUUUUUUUUAGAGGGUAGGAAAUGCUUAUAUUUGUAAAUUGAAUAAGCCAAUUCAUGAUCAUAUUAGAUUAUUUUUUCCUUGUCAUAGAUAUUAUUGAUUUUGUUACUAAAUGAAUGCAAUAUAAUCACACUUUUACAGUUUAUUUGUACAUUUUGAUAUCUGUCAUACAAAAUGUUCAGCAUAAAAUGUGAUAAUAAAGUAUCAAUUGAAGCGUUCAAAGAACAUUGUUCGAGUGACUUGUGUGUUGUGGUGAUGUGAUUUUAUGUAUUGACAGCAGGUUUGGAUAAUUUUCUAAUAAGACACCAUGUUGUACAGAUGUUCACAGUUGUUAUUCAUCGAACAGAGAUCGCAGACACACUGACUCCUAUUCCACACAGCCCAUCAUGUCUGGGGGGAUUUUGUUAGGCUCUGGACGGAUCCUGCUGAAAGCCAGUAGCCUGGGUGUCUCCUAGUGGUAGUACUCAGGGUCCACAUACACUUUGAUGUAGGCUGCACAUGCCUUCCUUGAUGCCGGAGAUGGGCAGUGGGGCCUCUCUGGCUACUGCCCCAGGGGUGGCAGACAGGUCCUUAUCACAGGCGGCUUGUUACUCCUUGAUUGAGGAGGAUGGGCUCAAUGUAAUGGCUGGAACAGUAUAAAUGGAAUGGUACACUCUUAGAUAAAUG